UAAAUUUAUAUCCCACAAUGCAUUUCUCGACCUUUUUCAGCCGAUCUCCAAAAUGGGUAUCGAUUUGGACCACUCAACACAGCGACGGGUUCACAGGACUGAGCCCAAGAGUCAGGAUAUUUAUCUUAGACUCUUGGUGAAGUUGUACCGUUUCCUCGCUCGCCGAACGAAUUCCAAGUUCAACAAGGUGGUGCUCAGACGUCUGUUCAUGAGCAGAGCCAACCGUCAGCCUGUCUCAUUAGCCAGACUCAUCCGUAAGAUGAAGACCGAGGGACGUGAGGGAAAGACAGCUGUCAUUAUUGGAGCAGUCACCGAUGAUCUUCGCAUCUUUGAAAUCCCUAAGCUCAAGUUGUGUGCUCUUCAUGUGACUGCCGGGGCACGAUCCAGAAUCCUGAAAGCCGGUGGAGAAAUCUUGACCUUGGACCAGCUUGCCCUGAAGGCACCCAAAGGACAGAACACCGUCCUCCUUCAAGGACCCCGUAAAGCACGUGGUGUGUACAGACACUUUGGCAAGGCUCCAGGAACUCCACACUCUCACACCAAGCCAUACGUUCGCUCCAAGGGAAGGAAGUUCGAGAGAGCUCGUGGACGACGUGCCAGCAGAGGUUUCAAGAACUAAACACCCCCAACUGCGGGAAACAACACGACAAUUGUUAUCUUUGGAUUGUCCACCACAAAAGAUUACUCGAGAAAUAUAUAUCUUUAUUGGAUUUGGAGCUUACCAAGAUAUCUCUAAGCCCAUUUUUGGAUUAAGAAGUACAUUCAAAUCAAUGCUUACUCAAAUUCAGCAAAUACGUUUUGUACAAAUUGACUGCAAAGGAAGAUACAACAGUGUUCCUAUAUUUGUCAACAUACAAAGGCAUUUUUAAGAGAAUGCUUUCUACCAGUACCAACACUAAUGCUAGUAUGUUGAUUUAUAUUGAGUGAUAUUGGCAGUCAUAUACAUUGACCCUGGCCAUUCUUUCGGUUGUGUUAAAGUUAUCAGUGUCUAACGAAAAAAGAGAAAAAUAAAAUAAAUCGUUGGCAAAGAAAUAAAUGUA